GAGCCGUAGUUGGUGAGCUGAGAGUGUAAAUAAAUAAGCCCAGCAGGUAAGAAGAGAAAAGAGCUCUGUUGAGGUAUUGUGAUCAUGGGAAGGCUGGUUGCUAAGAUCUGGGAUGAGUCCAAAAGGAUGUGGCAAAUUGGAGGGGCUGCAAUACUUACAGGAGUGUUGCAGUUCUCCCUUGGCUUUGUCACCGUCGCCUUCGUCGGGCAUCUCGGAGAUGUCGAGCUUGCUGCGGUCUCGAUCGCACAGAAUGUCAUCGAAGGCUUCGCAUAUGGGAUUCUGCUAGGCAUGGGGAGUGCCUUGGAAACACUCUGUGGCCAAGCUGUUGGCGCUGGACAGCUUCACCUGCUAGGAGUCUACAUGCAAAGAUCAUGGGUUAUUUCUGGAGUCACAGCAAUGGUUCUAUCACCAGUUUAUGUGUUCACAUCACCCAUAUUAAAGCUUGUUCGACAGUCGAAAGAUAUAUCGGAAGUCGCAGGCAAAUAUGCUAUAUGGACAAUCCCACAAUUAUAUGCCUAUGCCAUGAAUUUUCCUCUCCAGAAGUUUUUUCAAUCUCAGAGCAAGGUCUGGGUCAUGGCUUUGAUUUCUGGGGUGGUUCUGGGCAUCCAUGUUCUGCUAAACUGGAUUUUGGUAAUAAAAAUGGGUCAUGGGUUGCUGGGUGCAGCAAUAGCUGUGAACAUUUCUUGGUGGCUUAUAAAUUUGGGUCAGAUGAUUUAUCUUGUAUCUGGCUUUUUCCCUGAAGCAUGGCAAGGCUUCUCUCUGUCAGCAUUCCAGAACCUGGCAGCUUUCAUCAAACUCUCACUUGCAUCAGCAAUAAUGCUAUGCUUGGAGCUUUGGUAUUACACUGCUGUUAUUAUUCUGGUGGGUUGUUUACAAAAUCCUAAAAUCGCAGUUGGUGCUAUUUCUAUCUGCAUGAACUAUCAACUUUGGGCGUUGAUGAUUGCUCUGGGUUUCAGUGCUGCAGUCAGCGUACGAGUAUCAAAUGAACUUGGAGCAAAUCACCCAAAAGCAGCGAAGUUUGCAGUAUUUGUUUCUGUUUCCACAUCAGUCUUCUUUGGUCUCAUUUUUAUGGCCAUAGUUCUCAUCUUCAGAAAGCACACACCAAAGCUUUUCACAGAUGUACCUGAACUGGUGAGAGAGACAUCCAAACUGGGAUACCUUCUGGGUGCCACAAUCUUUUUGAACAGCAUUCAGCCUGUUCUCUCUGGAGUGGCAAUAGGUGCUGGAUGGCAAACCUUGGUUGCCUUUGUAAAUAUAGCAUGUUACUACCUUCUUGGGUUGCCCAUAGGAGCCAUUCUUGGCUUCAAGAUCAAGCUUAAUGAACAGGGCAUUUGGGUGGGAAUGCUCAUUGGGACUCUCUUACAAACAGUUAUUUUGCUACUGAUUACAUCCAGAACUAAAUGGGAAAGACAGGCUAGGCUAGCAGAGGAGCGCAUCAAGACAUGGGGAGGACAACAUGAGUCUCAACAAGCUUUGCAGAAUAACUAGGCAUAAUACUAUAUGAAGAUGACCCAAAGAAGCAGAAUCCAGAAACCUGUACGGAAGGUUAACCUUGCAUGACUGGAAAACAUGUUACCUUGUUCCAAAUCUUAAUAGAACCUAUCUUCAACAGCGUUUAAUGUGAUACCAAGAUUGCUUAGGCUCAGAUUCCUAAUUCUCAUCAGAAGCUGCACAAGAAGAGCCAAGUAAAACCAAUGAGCUCUUUUCAGUGAAUUGCAGUAUCCUUUCAACCUUCUUGACUUUGCUCCUGCAAGGCGAGCAAUUUUGUAGCUCUAUUUUUUGCGUAAUGAGGCACAUUAAUAAGGAAGUAUCUAUUUCAUUUU